AUGCAGUGCCAGAAAUGCAGGCAACCCGUUCACAUCGAUGGCUCUCUGGACAACCUCAAUGCCGCAGCGUUCAAGCUUCUGAUAGACUCCUCUGCUGUUUUAACGGAAAACGGAUCCUUGCGCUCAAGACAAGCCCGGCCUACAUAUUCCCAGGAUCGCCGUUCAGAAUAUGAAAAAGCUUCUCAACCGUCACGUAGUCCUAUAUUCAAACGAUCAUUGCCACAUAGAUCUAAUCAUGGUUCUGAGAAAUACACUCUUACAGCGGACGGCCCAGGCAUGUCUUUUGUCAUGUUGUCCGAGUCUCAGGUAGAAACACAUACUGCAGAAAGGGAGGGAGAAAGCACGAUCAAAACUUCCGAUGCCAUACAAGAUGCAACAAACUUGAAGCAUAGGGGGAAUGAAGUAGAAAUGUCCUCUCAGAGGAUGGAUAAGACGAGUCGCCUUUUCGAGAUACUGUCUGCUCGUUCUGAUAUCGAUCACCCUAUCUGCACCGAGUGCACCGAGUUACUCGUGGCAGGCCUACAGAAAAGACUGGGGCAUACUACCAGAGAGAGGGAUGCCUAUGUGGAGUUUCUUCGAAAUGCAAACGUCGACAUACCGUCUGAGGAGGAGAUUAAGCAGGCACAAGAAGCCCUGGGUGCGAUGAGCGUGCGAGAGACCACGGCCAUUGCUGAGCUCGAAAAGCUAGAAUCGGAAAAAGCCGCUCUAGAUUUGGAACUGCAGGUGCUGGAUGAUGAGAGUGAGAAGCUGAACAUUGCUGAAGAAGAAUUCUGGAGGGAACGCAACGCAUUCGCGGCAGCAUUCUCGGAGUUCAAAAGCCAAAGAGAUGCCAUCAACACGAAAUAUAACCAUGAUUCUAAGCAGUUGGAACGAUUACAGCGCACUAAUGUAUUCAACGACACCUUCAAUAUCGGACACGAUAAUUACUUCGGGACUAUAAAUGGCUUACGACUCGGAAGGCUGUCUAAUCAUCCUGUAGAAUGGCCCGAGAUUAACGCAGCUUGGGGACAGACUUGCCUUCUACUCGCUACAGUUGCGGAUCGUCUGAGUUUCAAGUUCCAAAAUUACCGACUUGUUCCCAUGGGUUCCACUUCAAUCAUCGUAAAAGUUGAAUACCUGCAAUCCAAAUCCACGAACGACCCGUCCCAUCCUGCUAAACCCAAAGAAACGUCUCUCGAACUCUUCAGCCACGGUGACAUGCCUCUCGGCUUGGGCGGUCUCUGGCACAAGAAGUUCGACAAUGCCAUGAUCGCCUUCCUAGAGUGCUUGCGCCAGAUCGGCGACAGCGUCACGGCGUCGCCUGUUCCUGAUAAUCGUGUGAGUCUGAAGCUACCUUAUGAGAUCAAGAAGGAUAAGAUACAUGAUACGAGCAUCAAGUUCAGCUUCAGCUCCGAGGAGAACUGGACCAAAGCAUGUAAAUAUGUGCUUACGUGUUGUAAGUAUCUGUUAGCACAUGCGAGCAACCUUCAUAAUCCGCCACAGCAGCAGAUAAGUUGA